CGGGGCACAACAAGAGGCAGGACCACACUUCCCACAAUGCAGCGCGCCGCCCACUUUCACUGAAGCCUGAAAAGCUGCGGGAGGCCGAGCACACCGAGGGAUCCCUGCGGGACCCGUGAGGGCCACUCCUUGUUGUGCUGCGUGUGUGGCUGCCUCCCGGGGUCCGCUACCUGAUGUCAUGAAUCAUGGGGAUGGGCCCGCAGACAUGAGCAGCGAGGAGCCGGAGCUGCACGAUGCCGACCAAGACAAGUCUGGAUCCUUUGAGAGAGCGGAGUCUGUGGCUACAACAGAAGCACGGCUGAGGAUGGAAGGAGUAGAAUUUAAGGAAGAAUGGCAGGAUGAAGACUUUCCCAGACCACUUCCAGAAGAUGACCAUAUAGAAGGGGAUUACUUAUCUGGAACAGACAGAGAGGGCAGACCAGUUCCUAGUCCACUUGAAAUCAAUGGCAGUAAAAAAAAGAAAAAACUCCUAGCACCCAAUCUAAGUCUAACACUGGAUCGCAGUGAUGGCUCCAUCUUAUCUGAGGACUUAGAUGAAAGUGGAGACUUGGAUUUAGAUGAUCUAGAUACUCCAUCGGACAACAGCAAUGAAUUUGAAUGGGAAGAUGACCUCCCAAAACCAAAAACUACUGAAGUACUUCCAAAAGGAUCGAUUCCGGAGUACACUGCUGCAGAGGAGAAGGAAGAGAGCAGACGCUGGCGUAUGUUCAGGAUUGGAGAACAGGAUCACAGGGUGGACAUGUCUGCUAUAGAACCUUACAAAAAAGUUAUCAGCCAUGGAGGUUAUUAUGGAGAUGGCCUUAAUGCCAUUAUUGUGUUUGCUGUGUGUUUUAUGCCUGACAGCAGUCAACCUGACUAUCGAUACCUGAUGGACAAUCUUUUUAAGUAUGUUAUUGGCACUUUGGAAAUGCUAGUUGCAGAGAACUACAUGAUAGUUUAUUUAAAUGGAGCCACAACACGGAGGAAGAUGCCAAGUCUGGGUUGGCUUAGGAAAUGUUAUCACCAAAUUGAUAGAAGGUUAAGGAAAAAUCUGAAGUCUCUCAUUAUAGUUCAUCCUUCCUGGUUCAUCAGAACUCUCUUAGCUAUUACCAGACCUUUCAUUAGCUCAAAAUUCAGCCAGAAAAUUAAGUAUGUCUUUAGCCUGGCAGAGUUGGCAGAACUUAUUCCUAUGGAGUAUGUCGGCAUACCAGAAUGCAUAAAAGAGUAUGACGAAGGAAAGUGUAGAAAGAAAAACAAAAGGGUUGACAAGGAUCUUAACAAGAAGAGUGAAGACCAAGUCACUGAGCAAUAAUACUGUAGAUGUGUGACUAAAGGCCGUCCAUCACGGAGGGGGAAGAUUGUCUGUUUCUUAUUUUUGCAGUAUCUAGUUGUAUAGUUUUUGUGCUCCAAAAGGUGCCUUUUCAGCAGUGACUGUGGGAUCUAUCGUCCAGACAUGACACCCCCAUGGAAGCAGACUGUUACAAGAUAACACAGGCAUCCGACAUGUUGCAAUAUACUUACAGCACAUUUGUUGGUGCCCUACAUAUUAAACAUUUGUGUAGCUCAUUUUGGAGUACCAAUUUAUGAGAAGAUAGUGUCAGAAGUACCCACCUUGCUUGCUAAUAAUAUGGAGUCAGGACACCAUCUGAUGGAAAGGUUGCACAGUACUGGUUUGAAAUCAUUGCAUAUGUGGCAAGGCAGGGGUAUUGUGGAUUGAAUUGCUUGAACUCUUGUAUGCACUUUUUGACAUUAUAGUUUUAUUUGCUUAGUGUCUGUAGCACCUAGCAGCAGUAAGGUGAUUUUAUCAGUAUGUCUAUUGGAUUAGAGAAGGUGAUAAAUACUUAGAGUAACGUCCAUAGUAGAAAAUACUAAAAUCUGUCAGGGGUAGUAUUUGCAAUGUGGAUCACAUAGUGUGUAGGGAUUUUAGAGUAGUCAGAAUGUGACGGUGUCAGUUUCGGAAAGAUGUACAAUAUAUUAGUUACAGCAGUAUUGGGCCAGUUAUUGACUUGUUCUUUGGUGCGCUUUUUGCACUUUAGUAAACCUAGCCUACAUCUUUUCUCAUUUAACACCCAUCACAAAUCUGUUGUAAAGAAGACCUGGAAGCUCUCUAAUGACAUAUUGUU